AUGCCGUCUGCUAAAGCAAAGAUAGGCGACGUGCUGCUCGCGGAGACAGACGUCUGGGAGAACGUCGAAGGGAAUGUUUAUUUCCCACCAACAGCUAUAAAAGAUAGGUCGACCUUUGUGGGGACCAACACGACCACUCUCUGUCCUUGGAAGGGCCAUGCGAAGUACUAUACGAUCAAAGUCGGGGACAAAGAGUUGAAGGAUGCAGCAUGGUAUUACCCGGAGCCCUAUGAGAAGGCGAUGAACAUCAAAGAUCAUGUGGCCUUUUAUAAGACAAAGGUCCAAGUCACAGUCGAGUAG